CUUUUUAACUCCCAAAUUAAUAUAUAUAUAUAUACACACACACACAUGUGCAUCCACUCUUUCUUCAUAUAUUGCUAUAUAUUCAUGAUAACAAUACUACUAAUAAGAGUAUUUCUUCUACCUCUCCAUUAACUUCACUUACGAUGAUUACAGGCAAAGAUAUCUAUGAGGUUCUUGCUGCCAUUGUGCCACUUUAUGUGGCGAUGAUCCUGGCCUAUGGCUCAGUCCGGUGGUGGCGCAUCUUCACUCCCGACCAGUGCUCCGGCAUUAACCGUUUUGUGGCCGUCUUUGCAGUCCCUCUCCUCUCCUUCCACUUCAUCUCUUCUAACAACCCUUACAAAAUGAACUACCAUUUCAUUGCUGCUGACUCUUUGCAGAAGCUUGUCAUUCUUGGUGCUCUAACUCUUUGGCUCAAUCUUAGCAAACGUGCCAAUCUUGAUUGGAUGAUCACUCUCUUCUCUUUGUCCACUUUACCUAACACUCUUGUGAUGGGGAUUCCUUUGUUGAGGGCAAUGUAUGGGGACUUCUCAGGGAAUCUAAUGGUCCAAAUAGUUGUUCUUCAGAGUGUGAUUUGGUAUACUCUUAUGCUUUUCUUGUUUGAGUAUAGAGGAGCAAGAGCACUGAUCAGUGAGCAGUUUCCGGCCGAUAUCGCCGGUUCCAUCACUUCUUUCCGGGUUGAUUCAGAUGUGAUUUCUCUCAAUGGACGUGAACCUUUGCAAGCCGAUGCGGAGAUUGGGCAGGAUGGAAAGCUUCAUGUUGUAGUGAGGAAGUCUUCGGCGUCAGCAAAGUCGAUGAUAUCGUCUUAUAACAAGUCUCAUGGACUGCAUUCGAUGACUUCAAUGACGCCAAGAGCAUCGAAUCUCACCGGUGUUGAGAUCUAUUCACUGCAAUCUUCGAGAGAGCCGACACCAAGAGCCUCGAGCUUUAACCAAACUGAUUUCUAUGCGAUGUUUUCAAGCAAGGCGACAAGUCCUAGAAAUGUUUCCUUUGAAGAAGAGAUGGCUAACAAGUUUGGUAAGCACAAAGGAGCUGGAAGCAAGAGCACUGAGUUCAUGAAUGGAGGAGUGUAUCCUCCUCCAUAUCCGGCUCCAAAUCCUUCAUUAUCCGGCAUUGUAACUCCGGUGAAAAAGAAAGAAAUCGGUGCUGCAGCUACUAAUAAAGAGCUUCAUAUGUAUGUUUGGAGCUCUAGUGCGUCACCGGGUUCAGAAAGUAAUCUAAAGAAUGCAGUGAAUAGAGCUGUUUCUAAUGAUUUUGGUGCCCAUGAUCCAAAUACAGCUGCACCAAAAGAGCAUGCUGCUAGUCCAAUCAAGAAAACAGGAAUUCCUUGGAAUAAUCUUGAGAUAGAAGAAGCAAGAAAAAGUCCGAAAGGGAAAAAGUUUCCGGUGAUGGGUUCGCCGUUCUUAGCUAAUAAAAAAGCCGCUGACGAUGUCGAGGGAGGAGAAGCUGUAGGAACCGGCCUUGUUGAGAGGAAUCACCAGAUGCCUCCGGCAAGUGUCAUGACAAGGCUCAUUCUUAUCAUGGUUUGGAGAAAACUCAUCCGAAAUCCUAACACUUAUUCCAGUCUAAUUGGCCUCAUUUGGUCACUGGUAUCUUUCAGGUGGAACAUUGAGAUGCCUAAAAUUGUUCGAGGUUCAAUAUCAAUACUCUCGGAUGCAGGAUUAGGCAUGGCCAUGUUCAGCUUAGGUCUCUUCAUGGCUUUGCAACCAAAAAUUAUUGCAUGUGGCAAGUCGGUAGCGGCAUUCUCCAUGGCCGUUCGAUUUCUGACUGGUCCGGCUGUGAUCGCUGCUACUUCCAUUGCCAUCGGCAUUCGAGGAGUUCUUUUACAUAUCGCAAUUGUGCAAGCAGCUCUUCCUCAAGGAAUUGUUCCUUUUGUUUUUGCCAAAGAAUACAAUUGCCACCCUGAUAUUCUUAGCACAGCAGUCAUCUUUGGGAUGCUAAUAGCAUUGCCAAUAACCAUCCUCUACUAUAUCCUUCUUGGUGUCUAAAGAAGCAUGAACAUGAAUUGAAGGGAGAAGUUGGUGUAGAAGCUAGGAUCUAACAUGUGAUGAAGCAUGUGAAUGUUGGGAUUUGAAGCUAAAAAUUUUUAUUUUUAUUUUGUUUGCAUUUGUUUAUUUAUUGGGAUGUGCUAUUGUCCACCCCAUGUAGGACUUUCUAUCCUCAUCCUUAAUAGCAAAGCAUCUUAAUCAGUUUCUCUUAGUUAAU